UGUUAAAAUGAACAAAUGCUAAAGGUGAGAGAUAGAGACACACAACACAGCACACAUCUUAUCUUCUUCCAUUCCCUUAUUCAACCAACUCCCCUCAAUCAACCCAAACUUUGAUGUCCUUCUUUUGUACCAUCUCACAGUUUUCAAAACAUAAAAGCCACAAUCAUAUAAUAUAAGUACUUAUAAAGAUAUAUAUCUUUAUUUGUUUGUUUGAGGGUUAAGUUGUUUCUCUUAUUAUAUAGUUUUGUAACAUAAUUUUGUUACAAAAAUAAAAUCAUAAGUUGAUUUUGUUUGCCUAUAUUUGUAGUUGUUCUAGUUUUGUAGAGAAUUAUUGUUAGGGUGACUAUCUUUUUGCUAGCUGGUUAAUUAGAUCAAUUACACAGGGAGGAUUAAGAUUAAGUAAUCUUUUGGGGUUAUUAUGAGUCAUUUUGUUCCUGAUUUUGAAACCGAAGACGAUUACUUGCUUCCGGCUUCUUCGAAUUCGAAAAGGCACAAGAAAUCAACAAUGGCGGAUGAAGAUAUAAUGGAAUUACUAUGGCAAAACGGCCAAGUGGUAAUGCAAAGCCAAAGCCAAAGACCGGGUGGUAAUAAGAAGGCGGAAACGACCUCGUCUAGAGAAAUCCGAUCUAGUGUUAUGGAAGACGAAACGACGCCGUGUAACUUGUUCAUGCAAGAAGAUGAAAUGGUUUCAUGGCUUCAUUACCCUAGUGAAGACAAUAACUUAGAUCUUUAUCUUCAUAAUAAUGAUAUGAUGUACCCUGGCCUUCCGUCGUGUAGUCAAGUUCUUAACACGUCUUCUUCUCAACAAUUGUCGCCACUUCCUCCUCCACGCCCACCAGUUAUUCCUUUAAAGCGCGUGGAGGAGGAACAAAUUCCACCCAAGUUUUUAAACUUUUUACAUUUUUCAAGAGUAGGCGGUAAUAAAGGAAAUUUGCCUGGGCCCGGGUCAGCUCCUUUGAAUUCAAACAAAGUAUCAAAGGAGCUGACGCAGUCCACAGUUGUAGAGUCAAACGGUCGCCCAGAGCAAUCUAGGGCGUCCCGCGUGAUCGAUAGUAGCGCGCUAGUUUCUGGCACGCACAUGAGUAGUUUUGGAGGUGCAUCAUCCGUAGGAAGAGAACCCGAGACUUAUGAUCUCACGGGUUCUUCUUCACCGGUCACUGGUGGCUCAGGAGCUAGUGCUAGCAUUGAACCACUAGCUCAGAAGCCGCCAGCGCCACCAAAAGAAGAUAGGAAGCGAAAAGGAAGAGAUACCGAAGAUACAGAAUGUUACAGUGAGGAUGCUGAGUUUGAGUAUCCCGAGGCAAAGAAGCAAUCACGUGGAUCAACAUCUACUAAAAGGUCGCGAGCUGCAGAAGUCCACAAUCUCUCAGAAAGGAGACGUCGAGAUAGGAUAAAUGAAAAGAUGAAGGCCUUGCAAGAACUAAUACCUCGUUGCAACAAGUCUGACAAAGCUUCGAUGCUUGAUGAGGCAAUUGAGUAUUUGAAGUCACUUCAAAUGCAAGUACAGAUGAUGUCCAUGGGAUACAGCAUGGUUCCUAUGAUGUUCCCAGGUGUCCAACGAUAUAUGCCAGCAAUGGCUGCUAUGGGAAUGGGCAUGGGAAUGGACCAAGUAGGAAUGAACCGUCCCAUGGUUCCAUAUCCACCAGUUCUUCCCGGGUCAACCAUAAUGCCAAAUCCAGCAGCAGCUGCUCAUCUCACUCAGCGUUUUCCAGUUUCACGAUUUCCGAUGCCACAAGUUCCUGUCAUGGGCCCAGCAAGAAGUCAAGCAGCUAACCCACCAGACCCGAUGAUGAAUGCCUUUCCUAUGCAAAAUGCAAACCAACCAAGGAUUCCGUUUGCAGACCCAUAUCAACAAUACCCUGGUCUUCCCCAAACACAGAUGCCAGUCAUGCCACAACCCCAGAAUCAAACAGGCGUGAGUGCGGUUACAAGUAAGCCAAGCAGCAGCAAAGAUGUCAGGGGCCCCGAACAUCACCCAACUGGUUGAUAUUCAAGGGAGUUCAGGCUACUAGCCAAAUAAAUUUUGUAGUUAUAAAGGCGAGAUGAGUAUACUAUGCAUUCUAAAGCGGCUGGCUUACACCAUAUAAUAUAGUUGAUGUGUAAUUAUACAAUGAUAGAGAUCCAAAAGCAAUUGCUUUGAGCAAGGUAUUGUAUAUAUGUUGGACAAAAUAUGUCUGAGAUAUUGCCAAUUUUUAGCUAUCGUGUUUUCCUCGUGAA